UUUGGCGUCCCCACCGCGAUUCCAUUCGGACCUUAUCGCCACGCUUUUCGUAAUUCCUCACCUUUCGAUCGCAAUCUCUUUCUUCACCCACUCACCCACACACAUGCACGCAUUUAUUAUUUUCAGUAAAAAAUUGAAUAAGAAUUUGAUCAUUAUAAAUUUUUUCCCACUCUGUAACUCAUCACAAAAUGGGCACUGGCGCAUCGAGAAAUCCCGAUAGCAGCUCCCAUGGCAGCGAAGAGAGAGACCAAGCCGGCGGUCAACUCUAUGUUUCUCUCAGAAUGGAAAAUUAUAAGCUCAAUGGUGAUAUCAUACCCCAUGUUUACGGCUCGGUACCACUCGUCGGCUCCUGGGACCCCUCUAAAGCCCUUUCGUUGGAACGUGAAUACACAUCUAUGUGGAUAUUAAGUUUUGUGGUCCCUCCUAACCAUGACACUUUGGAUUUUAAGUUUCUGUUGAAGCCCAAAUAUUGUAGCUCUCCAUGUAUAGUUGAGGAGGGUCCGAACAGGCAAUUGACAGCGGGUACAUUACAUGGGGAUGGGAGGUCGGCUAUGUUUAAAUUGAGUGGUGAUGAGGUUUUUGAGUACAGAGUAUUUAUUAACGUGGAUAGAGUUUCGCCAUUUGAUCUUGCGGCAAGUUGGAGAGCAUAUCAAGAGAAUCUUCAGCCUUCAACUGUUCGAGGAAUCCCAGAUAUUAGUAUAAAUUCAGCUGCUGAAGCUGGUCCUGAGAAUGGAUCUUCAGCAAGUUUGGAGCUUGAUCUUGAGCACUAUGUUGUCCCUGCUCCAGCUAUGGCUGCAAACUCAGCUCUGGUGUAUGCAGCUAACAUGACAGAAACACCUACGUCACUGAGUCGUUUUGGGGGGAUGGAAGUCAUAGUCCCAGACCCAACUGCACCACCUUCAGGAUCUGGCAUGAUUGAGUCGAAGUCAGUGGGAACUUUUUCAUCAAUGCAGAAACAAGAAGGUCACAGAGGAAUCUUUGUGGAUAGGGGAGUAGGAUCUCCUAGGCUAGUAAAAUCUGCAAGUGCUGCGUCAUUCACGGCUGACCUCAAACUUUAUUCAGAAGCCAAGAACUCUAUGCCCGCCGCUGCAGGAGCUGUUGCAGCUGCAGCUGUAGCAGAUCAGAUGCUUGGGCCAAAGGAGGAUAGACAUCUAGCAAUUGUGCUGGUUGGAUUGCCUGCUCGUGGUAAAACUUUUACUGCAGCUAAACUUACUAGAUAUCUACGUUGGUUAGGGCAUGAGACCAAACACUUCAAUGUUGGGAAGUAUCGAAGACUAAAGCAUGGAAUUAAUCAGGUUUGUCAAUUGACUGCAGAUUUUUUCCGAGGUGACAAUCCAGAAGGCUUGGAAGCACGCAAUGAGGUAGCAGCUCUUGCAAUGGAAGAUAUGAUAUCUUGGAUGCAAGAGGGUGGACAGGUGGGAAUAUUUGAUGCCACAAACAGUACAAGGAAUAGGAGGAAUAUGCUUAUGAAAAUGGCUGAAGGAAAAUGCAAGAUUAUCUUUUUGGAGACAAUAUGCAAUGAUCAGCAAAUAAUUGAAAGAAAUAUACGCCUCAAAGUUCAGCAGAGCCCUGACUAUGCGGAAGAGCCGGAUUUUGAAGCUGGAUAUCAUGACUUCAAACAUCGACUUGAGAACUAUGACAAAGUUUAUGAACCCGUAGAAGAAGGCUCUUAUAUCAAAAUGAUUGAUAUGGUCAGUGGCCAUGGUGGACAAAUACAAGUGAACAACAUUAGUGGCUAUCUUCCUGGUCGUAUAGUAUUUUUCCUGGUGAAUACACAUCUGACGCCAAGACCAAUUCUGCUUACUAGGCAUGGAGAGAGCCGUGACAAUGUUAGAGGCAGAAUUGGUGGUGACAGUGUGUUGAGUGAUACUGGAGAGCUUUAUGCAAAGAAACUUGCUAAUUUUGUUGAAAAGCGUCUGAAAAACGAAAGGGCUGCUUCUAUAUGGACCAGCACGUUGCAGAGAUCAAUUAUAACUGCUAGCCCAAUAGUUGGAUUCCCGAAGAUACAAUGGCGUGCACUGGAUGAGAUUAAUGCUGGUGCAUGUGAUGGGAUGAAUUAUGAAGAAAUAAAGAGAAAUAUGCCCGAGGAAUAUCAGUCCAGGAACAAGGAUAAAUUAAGAUAUAGAUAUCCUCGUGGGGAAUCUUAUCUAGAUGUUAUACAAAGGUUGGAACCUGUGAUUAUUGAACUUGAACGACAAAGAGCUCCGGUUGUGGUGGUAUCUCACCAGGCAGUACUGAGAGCUUUAUAUGCAUAUUUUGCUGACAGGCCAUUGCAAGAAAUACCCCACAUAGAGAUGCCGCUUCAUACAAUCAUAGAGAUACAAAUGGGAGUCAGUGGUGUCCAGGAGAAAAGAUAUAAGCUCAUGGAUUAAAUUUGACUGAGAAAGUUGCUUAUAUGGAAAUUCUACACAUGGUACAGUAGCAAGGUCUCCAUAUUCUUGAAUGUAUAUUUCAUUAUAGGAUCUAAUCUUAACAGGGUUAUGUGACAACAAUUUAGUAGUCUCGACUACAAAUUUGGCUGUGCUCUCUCUUUCUCAGAGAGAGAGAGAGAGAGAGAGAGUCACGCACUCAGGAACCUGUGCAUAUGUACGUGCAAAUCCCUUCAAAAAUAAGUUGGUGACUUCAUCAUGUAUUACCCUGAAUCUCGAGAUUUUGUUGUCUUCUUUGAUUGUAAUAUUUCGUUAUACAACAUUCUAACUUCCAAGCAUAGAGGAACUGUAAAUUGAACAUUCGCCUGUUGUUGAUAAUUGCAUUCAUCAGGUUAUACAUUUGCUCUGCUUGAUGAAGGAAGUUGAUCAUGUAACAAUUACCUGUUCGAUUAUUUUGUGUUGUA